AUGCACGAAUCUGCAAGACACCUAUGGCGUCACAAUGGAUUAUCCCUGAAUCCCAAGGGGAGUGCUGGGAGAUGGCUUAAUCUGAGGGGUGGCCAACCCUUCACUUGGCAAAGGAGUAUGAAGGAGAUCACGAAACGCUUGAGUGCUGUCGGUGCUAUUCGCCUUCCAGGAUGGGGACCGCGUGAUCCUCACUGUGCCUGGUUGGAGACACUACAAGAUAUGACUGCCAACCGAUGUCAGUGGCAAUGGGGACCGCGUGAUCCUCACUGUGCCUGGUUGGAGACACUACAAGAUAUGACUGCCAACCGAUGUCAGUGGCGUUGUUGGUGUCAGUUUGUAUGCAGAUUGCCUGAGUGA